GAAGACGACCGAGCAGGAGCAGGAGCAGGAUAGUACAAUAUUGAGCUUCGUCGCGCGCGGAAAGAGCUUUUCGGUACUAGGUGUUUGUUUGGUAGCUUCCUCCUCUACCGGCCGCUGGCUGACUUGUUCGAGGGAUCUUUUGUUUCUUUUCCGGUUUGGUAGCUUCCUGCUCUACCGGCUGCCUGAUUGUUCCGUCCCAACUGAUUCAUCUAGGUAUAUAGCUAUCUGGGAUCGUGCUAGUGGAUAUAUAGGCGCGUAUUUCUUUUUCCGGGUUUUGUCGUGGAUGAGUGCUGUGUUGGUGCGGGAGGGAGGAGCAUGGCGCCGGUGAAGAGGUUAGGCUGGUCGUUUCUUGCCCACGAGAUCAAGAGCAGCGGUGGUUUCCUGGGCGCUUCGACAUCUCACGCGUCCGCGCCGGCUGUAUCGCCGCCGGCAGCCGUCGCGAGGCCGGACGCCCGGCCGUCGGCGGCGGCGGCCAGGAUCACGCCCGCGGUGUUGUUCAUCACGGUGGUGCUGGCCGUGGUGCUGCUCGCGUCGGGGCUGCUCCACGUCCUGCGCCGCCUCUUCAUCAAGACCCACCGCAACAAUGCCAGGGCGGAGGCCGUGGAGCGGCAGCUGCAGCAGCUCUUCCACCUGCACGAGGCCGGCGCCGGCCCGGGGCUCGACCAGGCCGCCAUCGACGCGUUGCCAGCCUUCGCCUACGCCGAGCUGUCCGCCACCAAGGGCGCCAAGCGGCAGUUCGACUGCGCCGUCUGCCUCACCGAGUUCGCCGCCGACGACCGCCUCCGCCUGCUCCCGCCCUGCGGCCACGCGUUCCACGUCGGCUGCAUCGACACCUGGCUCGCCUCCAGCGCCACAUGCCCGCUCUGCCGCACCGUGCUCUCGUCCCGCGCGCUCGCCGGCGCGGCGGGGGACGCCUCUGCUGCUGAGCCGGACAUCGAGGAGCAGAAGCUGGAGGACGCGCCGAAGGAACCCGUCACGCUCCCCGUCAGGCUCGGCCGGUUCAAGAACGUGCAGGGCAGCGCCACCGCCGACGGCGAGACGGGCACCAGCAGCCACCUCGACGGGAGGAGGUGCUUCUCCAUGGCCUCCUCCUACCAGUACGUGCUGGCCGACGACAGCCUCGUGGUGUCCGUGCGCUGGCGGCCCGGCGAUGGCAGCGCGGCCAUGCGUCCGGGCGCGGCUGCGGCGAGCGGCGACGAGCAGGGCAAGAAGGUCUGCGCCGUCAGCCGCGGCGACAGCUUCUCGGUGUCCAAGAUCUGGCAGUGGCGCCGCAGCGGCGGCAGGCGGCUCCCUGGCCUCCGCGCCGGCUCCGCGUCCCCGACGGAAAACGCCCCGCCGUGGGCGUCGCCGCCGAGGACGAGGCAAGAAACCGACUCCUGAUCAUGACAGAAUCUACAUUGCACAGCAGUAAUCUACA